AUGAACAAAAUGCUUUCUUCGAUCCUGAGUCUCUUCGCGACCACAGUCAACUGGGCUGUCAUGGUCGUCAUUUCGGCGUCCUCUAUCGUGUCCGAGUCUAGAUUGGGCCUUCACAAGGCAUUGAAGGAAAUGCUUGUAGCGAUGCUCAAGUUUGACGUCUGGAUGAUGAGAAUCAGCGAGAUAACAUCAGGGCCAGAUGUACGCGCUUCAGGCUAUGGAAUUUGUAGUUCCGCGAUCCUUAAGGUGUCCCAAGCGGAUAUGCUCAACUCGCUUGUGAUCCUGGAAUCGUUCAUCAUCACGCCGUCGACCCGUGUGAGGGAUCUGAUAGAGGUCAUUGAGGUGCUGCAGGCGUACAAAGAAAGAUUGUCACAUCUACAAAGCAGCUAA